GGCGUGAGGGAGAAUAUGCCAGUAUAUUCGCCUGUGAAACGCACGGCGAUCGGGCUCAUCUCAUAACGUAGACAUGGAUUCACAACAACCGAACAACGGCAGCUUUAAGUGAGCCCACCAAAUCCACGACCAACUAACUGUUCAGCAUUCCCGAGCGGCAGCCCAGUACGAUAAUAGUUAACGUUCAUCUCCAAGUCUUCAGUUAUAGCUUUCUUGUGCAAGAUUGGCCCGGUCCUCUGAAACAAUUCAAUCAUGACUGAAACCAGACAUCACCUGAUAUCAGCGACACUAUUACCAAGUCUUGUCUCAAUUAGGCUCUUCUAUGUUCAAUAUGUCCACAGUACCCGUUCUUGCUACGCACCUUUAUGCUCAGGUCUAUGUCCUGCGGUUUGGGGCUGAAGUAUUGCUUGACUACGAAUAUAGCACCCGCCAUCACAGUGCUCUCACGCUUCAACAGGAUUAAUGAAGGCAUCAAGCACUGGACGUCUUCACCUUUACAGCCACGUAUCAUAGCGUAGUACUAGGAAGAUCCAUAUUAAGCUUUACUUUUCAAGAUGUUCCGCGGCUCUGAUCCAGAGGAAUUGCCGCCACCUCCGGCGUACUCUACCAUUGUAGAUGCUGUAUCUGUCGGAAUCGGGAGUCCUGAGACUCCUCAACCUCGUCCUCCUCGACGCGAACUCCCUCCCGUACCCUCCGCCUCUGUUCCAUUACAUUCAGCUACUGCUCCACCUAUACCUCUGCUGAUCCCUUCCCUUCCCCCAAGUCCGGUCACUCCCGCUCCUCGUCAAGCCACACCCCCUCCGCCCUCCGCCAGGCUCCCCCUUUUAAGUCCAUCUCCCUCAUACCCGGGACCGUCGUCCUACAAGAUCGGAGAGAAGAUGCUACCAUCACCGCUGGUUACCAUUGAUCAAUUGAAGGCGCAUCUCACGCUACUAGGAGCUUUCAAAUCCUUAAGAACAACUGUUCAGACCCAGUCGGCGGAGGAGUUGAUCUUACCUCCUGUUGUUGAGCGAAUGGACGUGAACAAACGCUGGACUUGGUUCGUCGGACUUGCUGUGGAAAGAUUUCAACGAUGGGUCGAGACGGCUAGGAAUGUGAAGGAAAUCCCUGAAUGGAUCGAAAAGGAAUUACCACCAUUAGAUGUCUUAAUGGUUUGGCAUUCUUACAUGCUAAAUCCUAACUGGUAUCGCGAGGAUCUCCAGCGUUCACCUUUACUAAGGAUACUCCGAGACUUGGGAAGUCGUCUAUUAACAGCCGUUAUUCUCAUUGGCGACAUUGGUUCUUAUGUUCCUUCUGAGGAGCGUAUUACAAGUUGGCAGGAACUCACGGGAACAUUUUUCGACCCCUUGGCGUCCGCGUCAUGCCUAUCGCAUCGUAAUCUUGAAUGUCCAUAUUGCUGGAAGCUUAAUGAAGCACCGUUGAUUACAGGAUCCGACACAGGCUACCUUCAAAAUUGUUUUCGUAUCUUCUGUUCACGCUGCAGCAAAUCGAUCACCAAAGCCACUCUCGCAAUUUCAAAGUUCGCGAGCAAAGAAAGCCAUUUUCUGGCAGGGACUUCAAGUCGUUAUCAGGGACUGCACGUAGCACGACGGAUAAAGCACUCUUUGUUACAGAACAAAGUAUUAUUUGCGUAUCCUAUGCCGUCGGUGAUCAUCCUGAAUGAAAUGCGUACCAAACUGCUAGAACGAAUCAACGGCUCUCUGGAAAUCCUAUACCAACAAAUAACGACAGCUGUUGCGCAUGUACACAGACGACACCGGAUAUGUAGUGCGUACAUCGACGAUCGACCAUUCUCUGUUGAACUGGUAUCUGCUGUCAUCCGUCAAGGAUCGUUCAUAGACAGGAUACACAAUUUGGGCUGGCUAGAUUCUGGUCAUUUCGAAGGUGCUGCUACCGAGAGCAUCUUGAUUCAUGCAAUCGUGCGUUACCAUGCUUUCUUAGAUUUGAUGACUCCUUCGUGUACGAUGUUACUUGUUCCAACUCUGGAUAUUGAUCUUGCAUGGCAUACUCACCAAAUGACGGGCUAUGCCUAUGGCGAUGAUUGCGUCAAAUUUUUGGGUCAUCUAGUGGAUCACAACGACAAGAUCGAGUCGAACUAUCUUGCCGAUGCGUUCGACAAGACAUGUCUUGCAUGGGAGCGACGAUUCAAUAUCCCCUACAUGCAUUGCGGUUGCCCGCUACCAGAAUAUACUUCUGUGGGGAAGUCACUCUCUCGAAUGGCGAGCAAAUUGAGCCUAUCUCGCACGAAGAGUGCCAACCCUUUGUCGCCGCCUUCCCAUCCAGGCGCUUUUGAAGCUACCCAUCCAAGCGACCACAACGCAAUCGAUGUGCAAACUCGAAGAUCAAUCGUCGCGCACGAGAACCGCUUGGAAAUGCUGAAACAACGAAGGGAAAGAGACGCCAAGAAAGUUGAACACGGAAAGAUGGAUUCGUCGACGUACAGGCGAGGCAUGUCUCAUGAUGAUGCCUUUCUCUAUCCUGUGUCAUUCAAUCAUCCCCCCGUUGUUACAAGAACGGCGUCCUCACCUGCCUAUGGCUCACCUGGUACCUGUGCAGUGGGAGCUGGUGUAUGUGGAAGUCUAGGCGGAUAUGGAGGCAGUUGUGCUAGCUGCGGUAGUGGUGGUCCAAGUGGAUACGGGUGAAAGUGUAGAGGAGAUAACGGCACUACAGAUUCGAUCAUUCAACUAGUAGAUCUCCGGUUACUAUUCUGAUCAGCACGCAGUUAUGCACUUCCAAUGUCCCAGUACAAUUAUUUGGCGAGGCGCGAGAUGUCAGUGCAGCACUGAGCGGGCGUUUUGCUUGCGGGUACAGGAUAUGUAUAGAGCCGCAGGCGGCCAUCCAUCCUCAUAGUAGCCUGCCCACUUGCACUUUCAUACACUCACAGCUUUCCCGUAUGUGCGAGUAAUGUUAUGAAAGCGACCAUUCCUUCUGCAUAGAAGGAAGCAGUGCAGGCAUGUCUCGUAUUCAUGUAACAAUUUAGACCCGCCCAUAAAAUCAGGCCGAACGC